GGCGAAGGUCACCUGGGAACCAUUACUGAGUUGCUAAGCGACAGGAAAGUUCGUGUGCUGUGGGACAAGGGUCAGGAGAGCAUCUGCAGGGCAGGGGCUGACGGGAAGUUUGACCUCAGGAUAUUUGACACGGGUCAAAGCGGAGUACGGCAUUUAAUACAAAGUGUCAAGAAUGUGGGGAGGAGAACAUUUAUGGAGUUUGUGGAGAUGCAAAGAAUGUGCUGGAUAUGACCUUUGCUCUAAAUUGUUACUCGGAGGACAAGCACGACAUACGCCACAGAUUUUUACGAAUCGAUUCUUUCAAAAAGUGACGGGAAGGAGGUGAAACAGAGGAAAACAAGUGUAAGAUUUAGAGCGAUGGGUAUUUUCGAAAAGUCAAAGGUCACACGAGGGAAGCACUGGAUUUGGGAGGACCAGGAUGGCGGACGGGGUACCCAGGGUGAGGUGCAUGGCCUUCGAGAACGUGGCCCCGAGCUCCACGAGAAACCUGGUGCGGGUGGCCUGGCCCAACGGCGUCGUCAACAGUUAUCGUCUGGGUCUACAGGGUCAGGUGGACCUCACGUGCGUGGAGGAGGAAGUCGGACCUUUCUACUACAGGGAUCAUCUACAGCUCGUGGAUUCUUCCGGACUGCCUUUGCCGUUAGCACAAGUCGAAUCCUCCGCAUCCUCCUUGCCCACGACCAUCGUGUCACCUACUCCAACAGCUUCAGAAGCCGUUGUUACUACAUCCAUAUCCACCACCACCACCACCACCACCACCACCGCUAGUUUGUCGCAGACGUCUUCCAGCAGCGGAGCGAGCUGUGGCAGUGUCAGUUCUAAAGGGAGUUGUGAUGAAGCAAAAGUGUUUGCUGGAAAUGAAUUUUCCGGCGGAGAGAACUGUCGAAAAGCAGCCAUAGAGAGUGUUAUCGAAGAGGACGAGCUGUUGAUGGUUGGAGAUAAAGUUAUCAUCGGAGUCAAUGAGGAGAGACUAGCAAAACUCCAGCAGACGUUUGGCGGUUGUACCAAAGGAAUGAUUAGUCGCAUUGGGAUAGAAGGUGUGGUGACUGCUGUUCCCAGCCCACAGACGCCGGCAGUGAGUGUGAAGUACACAGAGAAACAGAGCUACAGGCUCAACCCUGCGGUCCUGGUGAAGAUUACUUCUUUCACUCAAGGCGAUGUCGUGCGCGUGCGGAGUGAUGCGCAACAGGUUCGGUUUCUAAACAAGAGCCUGGGGUGGAGCGAGACGAUGGAGAAGGUGUGUGGAAAGGUGGGACGCGUACGCGCAGUGGACAGCAGUUGUCACGUGACGGUGAGGCUUGGUAGCCAAGAGCUAAAGUUCCAUGCUAGGCUGCUUGAUGCCGGCACUCGGCGCACCACUGGAUGACGAGAAGUCGGAAGAGCAGUCCAAUGGAAACGCUGUGGGGAAACUUUUCAGAAACGUCCCUCGAGGAGGAGACAGCGACAGUGACUCAGACCUUUUAAUGCGCCUGCUGGGACUAACACUAGCAGGAGGAAGCGGGGACAGUGAUGGUGACCCCCGAGUCCGGCAGCUGUUCCUCAGCAUCCAGAGGAGAGACUCGGGAACCAUGAGACGAAUGAUCGAAACCGAC